GGGGCUUGGCGCAACGACCCUGGCCUCUACACCGUGAUAACUCCAAGCCAGAGGGUGCAGGGUGGCUGCUGGGCUGGGGAAGGAGGGGCUGGGCUGUCUGAGCUGGGGGCAGCGGCAGGGUGGAAGGGACCCCAGGCAGGGGACAUCGGCUGCACCCAGGCUCUGACCUCAGCUGACUCUGAUGGCCCACAUGGGGUGCAAGGUCUAAUUUUAGCUCCAGCCACAAGGCUUACAGCCCAGGAGUGGCUGCCAGCGGGCACCGGGGUGGCCAGGGCUGCUCAGGCAAGAGGAAGAGUGGGAAGACCAGCCCUGCUUCCCUCCAGGCUGUCCCUGGCCACGUUGCCCCUGAGGGAUCCCAGCUGGUCCCCUAUGGCCUGGCUGACAGCCCUCCUCUCAGUUGAGGGCAAGGUCAGGGGGUGCAACCAGGAGGGUAGAGGGACACGGCCUUGCCUCCUGGGCAGGGGUUGCAUCAGCCUGAGUCUAGCCCAGGGACUGGGGGCCCUGCUAGGAGGAAGAAGUUUAACUUGGUUGUCCAAAGGGCGAGCAAGCAGAGUUCUGAGCGCAGGAAGGCAAGUCCAGCAAGCUGGGUGCUGCCUGGCUGCCUCAUGUCUGGCUGGUGACUCGCUGUUUGACCUCAGGCAGACAGCCUGCUCCCGAUGGGCCUCGGUCUUCCCAUCUGUACAAUGAGAGCGCUGGAUUAUUAGAAGACCGGUCGACUUUUCUCCCACCCCAGGGCCCUGCUCUUCCUGCUCCUGGCAGAGGCCUCCCAGCAUCCCCAGUCCUGGCUGUGGGUGGCCACAUGCAGUCGUGGAGAAGAACGUCCCUCUGGCUGGCACUAUCAGCCUCCUGGCUUCUCCUGGUCCUCCUGGGAGGCUUCCCCCUUCUCCGCGUGGCAGUGCCCCCCAGACCUCGGUCAGUGGCCCCCCAAGGCUGGCCCCACUGGCUGGACGCAGAGCUCUUGCAGAGUUUCUCCCAGCCUGGGAAGCUCCCAGAAGAUGCCCCUCAACCUCCUCAAGCCCCUCGUAGUGGCAGCUGCAACUGGGGAGCCUGCUUUGACACCUCGAGGUGCAGGGGUGAUGGCCUCAAGGUAUUCGUGUACCCAGCGGCUGGACCCAUCUCUGAGACUCAUCGCAGGAUCCUGGCUUCCAUUGAGGGCUCCCGUUACCACACGUCCAGCCCCACUGAGGCCUGCCUCCUCCUCCUCCUCAGCCCGGACGCCCCAGCUGAAGAGUGCAGCCCGGUGCCUCCGUGGUGGAACAGGGGCAGGAACCAUCUGGUUCUCUGCCUGCACCCAGCCCCCUGCCCCUGGACCUACCAGCUGGGGCAGGCUAUGGUGGCCAAGUCCAGCCCCAUGGUGGACUCUUUCCGGCCUGGCUUUGACGUGGCCCUCCCUUUUCUCCCUGAAGCCCACCCGAUGCGAGGUGGGGCUCCUGGCCAGCUGCGGCAGCACAGCCCCCAGCCUGGGGUAGCCCUGCUAGCCCUGGCAGGGGAGAAGGGUGGAUGGCACCCAGCUGGCGCCGACACCUCCGCCUGCCCCUGGGAUGGGCGCUGUGAGCAAGACUCUGGAUCCAAGCAGGCCCAGCACAGGGAAACGCUGCCCAACGCCACCUUCUGCCUAGUCCCCGGCCGCCGUCCUGAGGCCUCCUGGCGCUUCCUCCAAGCCCUGCAGGCUGGCUGCAUCCCGGUGCUUCUCAGUCCCCGCUGGGAGCUGCCCUUCUCCGAGGUCAUUGACUGGACCAAGGCGGCCAUCGUAGCUGACAAGAGGCUCCCAUUUCAGGUCCUGGCUGCCCUCCAGGAGAUCUCCCCUGCACGGCUCCUUGCCCUACGCCAGCAGACCCAAUUUCUGUGGGAUGCCUACUUCUCCUCGGUGGAGAAAGUCAUCCACACCACUCUGGAGAUUAUUCAGGACCGGAUCUUUGGAGCAUCUGCUCACCCCUCGCUGCUGUGGAAUAGCCCCCCAGGGGCACUGCUGGCCCUACCCACUUUUUCCACGAGCCCUCGGGACUUUCCCUUCUACCACUUGCAACAGGGCUCCCGCCCUGAGGGCAGAUUCAGCGCCCUGAUCUGGGUAGGGGCCCCAGGCCAGCCCCCCCUGAAGCUCAUCCAGGCGGUGGCAGGCUCCCAGCACUGUGCCCAGAUCUUGGUUCUCUGGAGCAGUGAGAGGCCACUCCCAUCCAGGUGGCCAGAGACAGCAGUGCCCUUGACAUUCAUUGAUGGGCACAGGAAGGUCAGCGAUCGCUUCUUCCCAUACAGCACCAUCAGCACCGAUGCCAUUCUCAGCCUCGAUUCCCACAGCAGCCUCUCCACGAAUGAGGUGGACUUUGCCUUUCUGGUAUGGCAGAGCUUCCCAGAGAGGAUGGUGGGCUUUCUGACGUGGAGCCACUUCUGGGAUGAGGCCCAGGGUAGCUGGAGCUACACUGCUGAGAGGACCAACGAAUUCUCCAUGGUUCUCACCACAGCUGCCUUCUAUCAUAGGUAUUACCACACUCUCUUCACCCACUCCCUGCCCGAGGCUCUGAGGACCCUGGCAGAUGAGACACCCAACUGUGUGGACGUCCUGAUGAACUUCCUAGUAGCGGCAGUCACCAAGCUGUCCCCUAUCAAGGUGCCCUAUGGCAAGCGACACCAGGAGGCUGCUCAAGAGGCGCCUGGGGGCCCCAGGUCUGGGCCGAAGUCACAACCCUCAGGCCCGGACUGCAUCAACCAGAUGGUGGCGGCGUUCGGCCACAUGCCUCUAGUGUCCUCCCGUCUGCGUCUGGACCCGGUGCUGUUCAAGGACCCGGUGUCGGUGCAGCGCAAGAAAUACCGCAGCCUGGAGAAGCCCUAGGAGGGACCGCGGAGACGCCAGUCCUGC